GUACCGUGGAGUGUGGCGCUGAGCUGGGUGCGGGGGAAAUUGUGGAAGGAAGAGGUAGUCAUGUUACAGCUGAUCCCCAGGCACCAGACACCAUGACCCAUUAGGAGCCUUGCUGCCAUGGAGAGCCCGGCAGUGUGCUUGGGUGAGCAUGCCAUUGGUGCAUUCCUGGACAGCUGCUACAAGGGUGACCAGGCAGCCAUUGUCACCCAGCUGGAGAAAGGUGUGGACGUGAACGGCUCGGAUGCCGUGUACACCACACCACUUCAGGUGGCGGCCGCCUCCGGCCACGAGGGUAUCGUGCAGCUGCUGGUGGGGCGCGGCGCCCGGCCGGACGCGACCAACUUGUACGGCUGGACGCCCCUCAUGCACGCGGCGCGCCACGGCCACGCCGGCGUCGUGGCGCUCCUGCUGCAGAGGGGCGCCGACGCCACCCGGACCAACCGGCUCGGGGAACUGGGAGGAUGGUCCGGGGAAGCUCGCGGUGCCGACCCGAACGCGCGCAACACGCGCGGCGAGACGGCGCUGGACAUGGCGCGCGUCACCGCUCAGCGCCAGGUCUGCCGCAUCCUGGACGAGCACACGGCCGAGCCUGAUGACGCCACCGACUGUGGACUGCACGAGGCCGUGCGUCGACACGACGUGCGGCUGGCCGCGCAGCUGCUGGCACCUGGCGGCGACCUGGUGAACCAGCUGACGCCGGAGGGCGGCUCGCCGCUGAUGUUGGCCGCACUGGAUGGCGAUGCCGAGAUGGCCGCCCUGCUGCUGCGGCAUGGCGCCGCCGUCAACCAGCAGGACCCGAGCACCGGCUGGACGGCGCUCAUGCAGGCCGUCUUCCACGACCACGCUGCCAUAGUGAAGAUUCUCUUGACGGCUGGAGCGGACGCCAACCUUCGCGCCCAUAACGGCUGCACUGCCUUCGAUCUGGCAUCGCUCGUGGACAGCAAGCCGGAUAUGAUCCGGCUGCUGGCCGCCUGCACGUACAAGUACACGCCCCCGAUGCCGGCGGCCGGCCUGCAGGGGGCGCCCUCCGUGCCGCUGGCCUGGCAGACGCGCGCCGUCAGCACGCCCAGCCUGCAGGACCGCGGCCUGAAGGCUUUCUGGAACCGCAUGUCGCACAGGUUUCGGAAUGUGAAGCCGCGCGUGGAGCCGGUGCAGGUGCUCGGCGUGCGCUCCAUCCCAGAGGAGGUCUCCGAGAAGGGCUCCACCGCAGCGCCCAAGCUCACGCUGGACGGCGUGCUGCCCGCGAGCAAGCGCGUCAAGGGAGGCAUGCCCCAGGGCUUUCCGUCGCGAAGUCUGUCGUCGGACAUGCUACGUCCCGUGCUGCCGCCGUUCUACUGCGACCGCGCCAUGCGCGACCGGUGCUGCCUGCCGCCCGCUCUGAAGGACGGUCCGCUGCCGCCUCCGCCCAGCGAGGGGACGUCGAUGGCGCCACAGGGCGGCCACCUGAACACCUUCCGCCUGCUGCGGUACCUCCGCUCGCCAAACUCGUCCCCGUCCAGCUCGCUGAAUCAGCGCCGCAUGCUGUCGCCGGGACCGCACUCGUCCGGAGACUCGGGCUUCGAGACGUUGGGGAAGUCCUCUGACCAUCCCUGCUUCAACAAAGCCAAGGUCUCUCCCAGCAAACGCUUCUCCAACAAGGCCAAACAGAAGCCGCCUAAGAGCCUAGAGCGGCACCAGCAGACAUCAGCGGCAGCACUGGUCAGCAAACUGCUGACCUGGGGCACCGUCAGCAAGCUGACCUACCUGCUGCGCUCGCUGGGCAUGGCGCGCUACGGACCCGUGUUCGCCGCGCAGGAGAUCGACUUCGAAGCGUUCGUCGCGCUGUCGGAGGCCGACCUCAACGAGCUGGAGAUCGGCCGCAAGGACCGCGAGAAGUUCGCGCUGGUUAUCAGCGAGCUGCGGUCGAAGCUGCCCGUGUAG